AUGAGAAAAAGAAAAUCACAAGUGAGCAGUUUAGAACCAAACUCCAACACGAAAGCCGGUGGAUCCAAACGAGCACGCUUCAGUCUUCCUUCAGACUCUACAAAUGAUAGUUUCAAUGAAGAAUUUGACCACACAGAGUCGCUAGAGAAAGCAAAGAUCCGUAAAGGUGCCGUCAGGCUCGAGGGCUACGGAUCUGAUAGUUCAGACGAUGAUGGAGAGGCGUUGUAUCUGCGUCGAAGUGGUACUGUCAAAGGAAAACAACGGGCAGAAGCCGAUCAGGAUAUGUUUGCAAGCGACGAUGACAUUGACGAGAACAAGGAAUCGGACGAAGUAGGAUUCAGCAAGAAAAAGAAAAAGAGGUAUUUGGAGAUUAACGACAUAGCAGGUCAAGAGUUUGAUUCGAUAGACAGAUAUGAUGAAGAGACGGACGAACCCGCAAUAAUGGCGUUCAACAUGAUAGAGGAGAUGGAAGAAGGAAAAUUCGACGAGGCCGGAAACUAUGUUAGAAACCGAAGGGAUCCAAACGCGUUCCAUGAUAAUUGGCUUAACGGCCUAUCACGAAGGGACAUUGAACAAGCUAGAAUUGCUCACGAAAAGCAAGAGCAGCAGCGCAAACUAAAAGAAGCCGAAGAAGCAGCUCAAGCUCCGAUGGAUCAUAUAGAUAUAUGGAAAGAAUUAUUGACCAUAAUGAAUAGAGGCGAAAAGCUUGUAGACACGUUUCAAAGGUUGGGAGGAAGGAACAAGAACAAGCGUAAACGAUUUACCAACAAGAAAAAGAAAGACAUAGAGGCAGAGGCACAAGUCGUCACUGAAGUGACUGAAGAACAGAAAAGGAAAAGAGAUAUCGAGAAAUUAACUGAAUUAUCGGAUCGAAUGAUGGCACUUGGACAUCUUGACAUCUACGAGUCUACUUGGGAACAGAUAUUAAGGAAUUUGAAAAAGGAGGGAGCAGUUUCGCCAGAUUGGAUGCCGCCAGAGACUUUUUUUGGUUGA